GUGAGAGGUCAGGCUGCUGUUCAGUGGGAGGUGUCUUGUUCUAGCGGCAGUGACGCUGUGGCGGAGUUGGGGACAGGAGCAAGUGGCUGAAGCUGGAAGUGCACUGGAAAGUGUCACCCUCCCAAAAGAUUUGAAGGAUGUAUUCACCGCAACGGAGGGACUUUAUAUCAGUGACGCUGGGUAGUCAGGCUGGAAGGACCUAUGACAACAGUAAGACGUGGAGGAGGCAAUCCUGCUGGCGGAAAUGGAAACAACUGUCAAGAUUGCAGCGGAGCCUAAUUGCAUUCUUGUUUGUCUUCAUGGUGGUUUGUGGUAUUGCGGCAUACCCUAACCUGUCUGAACGCUGGCAAGAUGAAAGUUAUCAUGAUGGAGAGUUGAAGCAAGCCAAGCCAGCAGUUGGACCAGGAGUAGCUGUGCUAUUCCCCAGGGCACCGCCUUUCACACAACCACAGAAACCUAGAAGACCAAAUCUGAAUAAGCGAGGGCCACCAUUUUUACAGAAGAGAUUGUCGAAGAAAGAAAAUGCAGAGGAACCUAAAAUCAAUAAGAAAGAAAAUGAAGCUGAAGCAAUACCCAAUGACAAGGAAGAGGAGAAAGAUAAAAUGAUCAGUUGGCGUGGAAUGAAGAUUGAAUCUGAACAGGUUACUCCAGCUUUACCUGACACUAAAAAAGAGGAGCCAGUGCCUAAUGAAAAUUCAAACAUCAAAGAACCAGGAGCUCUGAAUGAACGACAGAUGGCAGUGAUAGAAGCAUUCCAGCACGCAUGGAAGGGAUACAAACAGUAUGCCUGGGGUCACGACGAACUGAAGCCCAUUUCUAAGACUUACAGUGAAUGGUUUGGCUUAGGACUGACUCUGGUUGAUGCCUUGGACACGAUGUGGAUCCUGGGACAGCACAAAGAAUUUGAGGAAGCCAAGAAGUGGGUGGUUAAUGAACUGAAUCUUGCUAAAAAUGUGGAUGUGAAUUUGUUCGAGACCACAAUUCGUAUUCUAGGUGGAUUACUUAGUGUAUACAAUCUGACUGGAGACCAGGUCUUCCUCGACAAAGCAAGUGAGCUGGGGAAUCGUCUUAUGCCAGCUUUCAACACUCCGUCCAAAAUUCCAUAUUCUGAUGUAAAUGUUGGUCGUGGAACUGCCCAUCCUCCACGUUGGACCUCCGACAGCACAGUUGCAGAAGUGACCAGCAUUCAGCUGGAAUUUCGAGAGCUCAGCCGCCUGACUAAAGAAGAGAAGUACCAGGUAGCAGUAAAUGAAGUAAUGAAACACAUUCACAAACUUGGAGGGAAAAAGGAUGGAUUAGUUCCAAUGUUCAUAAACACCAACACUGGACAAUUUAGCCACCUUGGUGUCUAUACACUCGGUGCCAGGGCUGACAGCUACUAUGAGUAUCUGCUUAAACAGUGGAUCCAGGGAGGAAGGAAAGAAGCAGAUUUGUUAAAUGAUUACAUGGAUGCCAUCGAAGGUGUCAAGAAGAACUUGAUUCAGAAGUCAGAACCAAGGAAACUGACCUUUGUGGGUGAAUUGUCUCAUAAUCAGUUCAGUCCAAAGAUGGAUCAUUUGGUGUGUUUCCUCCCUGGGACCCUAGCUUUAGGAGCUCACCAUGGGCUUAAUGCAGAUCACAUGGAACUGGCAAAGGAGCUGAUGGAAACCUGCUAUCAAAUGUACGCACAAAUAGAAACUGGACUAAGCCCAGAGAUUGUACACUUCAAUCUGAGUCCACACAAUAGUAAGGAUGUAGAAGUUAAGCCUGCAGACAGACACAACCUUCUCAGGCCUGAGACAGUAGAAAGCCUUUUCUACAUGUAUAGAUUCACACGUGAUAAAAAAUACCAGGACUGGGGCUGGAAAAUUCUCCAAAACUUUAACAAGUUUACCAGAGUAGAUACUGGAGGAUACACUUCUAUCAAUAAUGUGAGGAGUUCUGAGAACCCUGAACCCAGGGAUAAAAUGGAGAGCUUCUUCCUUGGAGAGACACUGAAGUAUUUCUUCCUUCUAUUUUCUGAUGAUUUCAACUUAAUCAGCUUGGACAAAUAUAUUUUUAAUACUGAAGCACAUGUUCUUCCAAUAUGGACAACCUGAUGAAUGUUGGAAUGAUUUGAAUGUUGUCCUAAUACAUGGCACAUCUUGGUUGUGAGAUCUAUGAUAUCAGCUGGAGAUGACCACAAUGUGGAGGAGGUUUUGUUCUACUUUGUAUCGAUCACUGUGAAAGUCCGUACAAACACAGAUGUGUAAAAAAAAAUGUGAACAUAACAAAAACGAUAAACCAGGGAACAAAUAUUUACGUGAACUGUUGCACUCAAAAUGGCCUGUUUCUACAUUACAAAACUCGCUUACCACACGUUGCCUCCUGUCCAUUCAUUGAUUCCUUCCUGCUUGCCCAAUUCAGUCCAACAGAUGAGUAUGUAUGGGUUUGUAUACUACAAAGGUCUUUGCAAAGGAAAAUGGCAUUUGUGUAUUUAAUGUCUUCUACAAAAUUAAUGGGUCUUAAGAUUUGAUGUCAGUCGAGAUUUAACAUCCAUUUUUUUUAUAUUAAAAGAUUUAUUAAGUGGUCUGAAUACAAAUAGGAGAACAAUUUUUGUAGACAGACUAGUUUGACAAGGGUGGAAUUCUCAAUUGCCAUGGUCAGUGAUAUAUUUAAUAUUCUCCUUGGGUAAAAUACAGACCAAUCAAAUUGGAUUCACACAUGACCAUUAUAGUCUAAAAUACUGGUAAGUUUAUGUAAAUAUAUUAAUAACAAUUUUAAGUAACUAUAUUUGCAAUGGAUAGGAGUGUGAAAUAUGACAAAAGAUAAAAUGCGGGUCCCACCUUUAUUUAUGUAGGCUGGUUUACUUAUGAAGGGUAGUUAGUCUAAUCCAUUGGACUAAGUUUAUUCUGUUACCACAGCUGUUUGUUUAGAAUUUAUUUUAUUUCCCAUCAUAUCCUCUAACCCAAUAGCACUCUUUUCAGGGUUGUUUUUCUGUAAAUAAAAUACUUAUUGUGCUUUUCUCUGCCAUGCUUCAGGUGUGGAGCUACAGCUUUAUUUGAAAUAUGUGAAUGGAAAUGUAUUGCCAAAUGAUAUUCAAAGUGUUUUGCCAUAGGAGCUGUUGUCUAAAAGGGUUUAUUUUUUCAGUGGUAGAUGAUUCUUUUUCUCUACAUCAUAUAAAUGAAAGAUUCAGGCAGCUUUUACAGAAAGUUGGUCUUUGCUGAUAGAGGAAGGAUUCAAAUAGGAUGCAAUAUGAGAAUAUUUUAGUCUAUUGUAAACACAGUUAUAACUUAGGAAAUGAGCCAUAAUAUUUCAGUUGUGCAAUUUGUCUGAGGAUCAGUAACCUAAUUCAAUCUUUGAAGUUGUUGUAAAACUUGAUGGCCUUUUAGAUCACAAGCAUUUUGUGUGUAAGAUUUUGUGCAACCAGUAGCAAAUGAUGAUCUGAUCCAGUUUCUUAAUGCAUGGAUGAUUGUGUCCAGAAAUCCUUUACUUUUUAAUGAUUUGAUUCACAAUGCACUUAAAGAAACUGGGCAGUAAUUACAGAUUAGUUUAGAAGAUCACUGGUAGUGCUAUGUGCCAGUAAAUAAUUUAAAUGGCUACAACUUGAGACCCAUCCAGUUAAGGAAUAACAAAAGUGUGCUUUUGAAAUGCAGAUACAUUGAAUUCUUCAGUGAACUAAGGAGGAUAUCGGGGCAUUUUGCUGAAUGCUGUCCUGCUCCCCUGAAAUAGGGGAUGCAGAUCUAUUAUGUACUUCCUUGUGAACUCCAUGUUAAAUGCUGAAAUACGUAUCAACAAAAACCAUGGUGGAAAGGUUAAGUAUAUGAAGUAGCCCAAUUUAGAUUCCUUGCAUCAGCACUUACAACACAGGAAACCAUUUAAAACAUGUGCCUGCACUUGCUCCCUAGUAGAGCUAUCCAAUUAACGUCCAUCCCUUUCUGUAAAACUAUUUUCUUUAAAUAGUUCCAGAAUGGUUUUUAAUUAUAUGGCUUUUUAAUAUAGAUACUUAUCUAUCAUUCCUUUCAGUGAAUGUACUGUUAUAAAAUGUUGGACAGAGUUUUUAGAUGUAAUUUUGAUCAGUUAGCAGACCUUUGCUUAUUUUUUUCCUUUCUCAAAAACAUUGUAAAUAAAAUUGUUAUGUAAAUUGUUUAUUUCAUUUAAAACAUGACAACUGUAUAAAAAUUUUUUCAGUA